CACAAACGAGCCUUGUGUGCGUGUAGAGUCCGUAACCCCGCGCUGGAUCUGGUGUUCGGCGGGAAUCUGAUCAGGUCGGAUUUGUUCAGUUCGGAGGAGAGAACCCCGCCUUGAUUUGUGUGUGUGUGUGUGUGUCUCUCUCUCUCUCUCUCUCUCUUUGUGUGUAUGUGCGCGCGCUCCGGGUUCGGCGCGGAGAUGCGGUGCUCCUGAGCGCGCGCGGACUAUGCGGGCUGUACGGAGGAGCGCACACCUCGCGCGGCACACCGCUCCGUCUGAACAUCACCGAGCCGAGAGCUCACCAUGGUGGAUCCACUGGAACCCGAGGACCAGAAUAAGAUCAAACGUCCAUAUUUUGAGACCCCGGCUGCAGCGUCUGAAGCCCCCUGUCUUCCUGAGCAGGAUGAAGAUCGGGAAAAGGAAAAGACUGCGCUUGACCCUCAAGAACAAGAAUCCCAAGAACAAAUCACGUCUGAACAAACCCCUCAAGUUAGUCAGUUACAGGACAGUGAACCUGAACAUCCUAAGCUACAUCUGGACCUUUACAACUUCGAUUCCCCAGUUGCAGAAGGCAGCCGUUAUGUGCUGACCAGCCCUCGUUCGCUUGAGGCAUGCGCACGUUGCGGAGUCAAACCAGUGGAACUUCUGCCUCGACUACUGUCUGAUUUUGCACGUGACGCACCAGGUCACAGCAUGCGUGUAGCCACAGGGAUGUUUGAAGUAUACGAAAAGGACAGACAUGCUAAGCUCAGACAGUGCAGAGAUGAACGAGAAAGAAUAGUUCAAGAGGAGAAAAAAAAAGCCCUCCAGGUAGCACUAAACAACGGUAGUAGAUCACAAAAUUCUGAUAAACCUGAAGAUACAACCAGCACUCUAGUGACUAAGCAAACCGGUCAGGGUUCUGUUACGUCCGGUCCCAUUGCCAAAAAGUCACCUGCUAGCAGGGGUCCAUCAAAACUACAAACUACACCAUUGUCACAUCCUGUCUCAAAAACCACACUUCAGUCUUCAGAGCAAUUAGCAAAAACAUCUGCUUCGUGUGCAAGUUCCUCGACUAAAACAAUUACAACUCAGUCCUUAACAGCAAAUCCAGUAAGCACUGGGCGUACUGUGAAAAGGCCAUCUGUAAAACAGCCUAAAUUACUUGCUGCUGAGUCUGCUGAACAGACUCAAGGAUCCAUAUCUCCAAAAUCAACUGCAUCAUCAACAGGGGCACCAGUGCCCAAAAAAACAUCUAGUACCCCAUCUAAGACCGCGAAUACGUUUCCCAGGUCAACACCAAAGCCUCCACCCUUUUCAAGGAUGUCAUCAUCACUUGCGCCAGUUGUGUCGAAAUCGGCAGCACAAAGCCCUGCCAAUGGCAUCACUAGUCCAUUUACUCAGCACAAUGGGCACAUUCUGUCCAUGUCAAGAGUCAGAGAAAGAAGCCAUUCUUUAGAAUCCCUACAGAGAAGAAGGGAAGUGAUUAGCUCUUCUAAUACUUCAACCACUACCACAACAGCAACAACAACCACGUGUGCCUCUUCAGAGUCAGCAUCCUCCUCUUAUAGCUGGGAAGGUGCACGGGAUCACUGGGGUAAGACUUCUAGUCCUCGUGCUCGCACCUUAGCCACCUUUAACUCUCUGAUGGGUCGAAGCUUAAGCUUAGGGGAUCUAAGCCACUCUCCGCAGACUACACAGAAGGUAGAGCGCAUUGUGAAAGAGGUAAAGCGUCGAGGUCUCAUGGCUGUACCAGAACGUGACCGUAAGAUUGCAGCAUUAAUGCUAGCCAGGUUCCAAGAAGAAGAUAUCAUGAGUCAGACCCGCUACGUUGCACAUUUGCAGUGGGACAGCGAACGGCGGAUAGAGGAGCUGCGUCGUGAACGCGAAGACCGUGAUAAACAACGUGUGGUGCUACAGUGUCAGCGAGCUUGGCAGUCACAAGUUUCCACCAGGCAGCGAAGACUCGGGCAGCAGGAACGAGAGGCAGCAGCGGCCAAGUUACGCCGGGUGGCAGAAAAUGAAGAGCGCUGGCGGGAAUUAUCUGAGCAACAAGAGCGAAGCAGGUUACAGAAACUUCAGCAGGCUGCUCGUGAGGAAAAGCUGAAGAAGGCCAUGCAAGAGCAGACCCUAAAGUCCUUGAAAGAAGAGCGGGCUUCUAUCCUGGAACAUGAGAAGGUGCUCAUCAAAGAGAAGCUGACCAUUGCAGAGUUGAAGAGGCAGGAGCGAGAGCACCAGAGGCUGGAGGAGCUUCGUGGACUCAAUCGCGCUGAAAAGCGGCGGCAUACAGCUCUCAUUCAGGAGAUCGAGCGCCGAGAAUCAGAUGAGCGUGAGGAAGCACGGCGGAUAGCAGAACACAAGCUGAGCCGCUCGCUGGAGAACUACGAGCAGAUACAAGAGCAACGAGGGCAAGAGCUACGGGAGAAAGCCAGGCGUGAAGAACAGCAGAUCCUGAAAGCAAGAAAGGCUGCUGAGCAACGUGAGCGGCAACAGAAAGAGCAGAUGGAGGCCCGAGCAAGGGAAGCAGUGAAGCGGGCAGAGCAGGCCGCCAUGGUAGCAGAGGAGAGGGCUAAAGAAAAAGCCCAACGUGCUGUCCAGAACAGACUGGAGAAGGAACGCCUUCAGAGACUAAAUCGUCAGAAAGUGGAGGAGGAGGAGAAGCAGAGGCGUCUGGAGUUACUCCAAUCAAUAGAGCGCAAGCUAGAGAAAAGCGAACAAAUAUUCCGUGAAAAACGUGCUGUGUUAGAAAGUGCCCGCUCCGUAGCACGUGCCUCCUUCCAUGUCCGGGACCGCGUACGAGAAGAGACCAACCAGCGCACCUUUGACAAGAUGGUCCUGGAAGCACAGUUAAAGGCUAGUUUGGAUGAAAAGUGAGAUCUGCAUUUACCUACUACUGGAAACGAGCAGCUUGAGCCUCCAUGGAAGAAAUCCUCAUUACAGAAAUGGACCCACAGCUUUGCUGAAGCAAACCCCUUCACAAAGUCAUGUUUUUUUUCUUCCAACUUUUGAUCCAUUUAUCAUGAAUGAAAUACGUUUCUCUUAGUUUUUUGUCACCAGUGCUUGCUGGUUGUGUGUGGGUGAGUCGCUUGCAGUGGUAUGCCUGUUUUUCCAACAUGGCAAAUAGCUAAAUGUAUCUGAAGACUGUUCAUAAAGAGUUUGUUGUUUAUAGUUACAGUAGCAAGUCGCCGUUUCAUCAUUGAAGACUUAUUUUGUUAUAAAUCUGUACAAAUAAGAGUCUAGAGUGCGUCAAAAGAUGCAAGAAGAAGAUUUUGUAGGAAACCCCCAUCGGACAACUGCUGACGCUAAACCAGGACUUGCCUACGGGUGACAGACAAUGCUGACAAAACAGUGUUUGCGAGAGGACGUAGCAAAAAGUGACCUCAGCAGAGUUCAGUUUCUGAUGAAGCAGCGAAGUGUUGGUUCAGCAUCAGGAUCCAGGAACCUGCGCUGACAUCAUGCAUUCACUCACAAUCGGGUGUGAAGAUGAUGAAGGUGGCAUCCACUGCGUAAGCUGCAGACUUUUCCCAAUAACAUGCACAAGAAUGCUGAUACCUGAGAUCUCAUAUUCCUCUCCUAUAUAACUGUAACAGUGGUUAGAACACCUGUGACUUAAAUAAGCAUUAAAAUAGUUUAUAUUUUCUGAUGCACAUCUACAGUACAGAGACAGGAGACAGGCAUGGAGAAAAUAUUUACACGGGAUACAUCAACAGCCAUGUCAUUAUCAUUCACCGACACACGUCAUUGCUGGAUCUCUGUUACAGAUUUAAAAAUGGAAAAAUAGCAUUAUUUGGCCCAAAAAAAUAAAAAACUAAACUAAAGGUAUACUGUGGAAUGAAUUGUGCUUUCAUAUUUUCCAUCAUGCUUCUGCUGUUUCGAUUUAGAUUGGCUAUACAGGGUAUUUUUAUUGGAUAAAAUUAAAACAUAAACAUUAAUAUCUUGCAUUAAAUUGUGUAAAAUAGAGUAAAACCCGCAAGACGGAUGAAUAUCGGCUGCCAUGUUCUCAAGAUGAUUGAGUAUUUUGGGAAACGGAGUAGGAGCCGUUGCCUAGUACAAUAAACCUAAGAUGCUGCUAGGUCUAGCGCAGCAGUAUUAUGAGCUUGUGUGUGUAUCAGUCACUGUACAUGCUGUACGUAUUGGUCCAACGUCACAUUUUAAAACUCACAAGACUUAAAAUAUUAGGCUCCCACCAAGAAAAAAAAAAAAGAAGAACAUCAACAUGAAGAAGCUGGGUGUGCACACACAAAACUUAACAGACUGAUCUGUUUAAAAUAAAUGAUCUAACCUGCUUAAAACAGUUUUUGUGGAUUGGAUGCUGUAUGAAUGAAUGAUUAAA